ACAACAGGAGAGUCUGUGUUCUUACAAGGGAUCCAGCCAACGUGUACCGUUUGAGUAACAUCUGCUUAUUUCAACAGGUACUCUAGAAAAGUUAAGUGUAGACCUUCGAGAUGACAGCCAUCGAGAGUAAAGAGGAGAUCAGUGACACUGACAGUGGGAUCAUCGUCCACUCUGGUCCGGAGAGCCCCACGUCUCCGGGGAAGGACCCGACCACACACACCAGAGCCCUGAAGCUGAAGCACCAGUCUCUGGAGGAGCGUCUGGAGCUCUGCCUGCUGGAGCUCAGGAAGCUCUGCAUCAGAGAGGCGGAGCUGACUGGACAACUGCCCUCAGACUAUCCUCUGAUGCCCGAUGAGAAGCUUCCUAUGGUCAGAAGGAGGAUCGGAGCUUCCUUCAAGCUCGACGAAGGUCUGAUCCAUCUGAACAAACAGGACUCAGCACUGCAAGGGCUGGAAACUGACUUGGCUCUUCAGCGGCAGAUUUUUGAGGCGGCCUGCAAACUCUCCCUUGAGGGGAACCUGAGGAAACCGCAGAAGAAGAGUCGGUUGCAGCAGUGCAAGAGGGAGGAGAAGAAGGUGAAGGAUCUGCAGGAGGCCGUGCUCCAGCACAGGAUCAAGAGCCAGUGCAACACGCCUUGCCUCAGUGCCUCAAACAAACAAAACAAAGAUGUGUGCAGUUCCCUGUCUGAUGUGGUGGCUCUGGAUGAUGACGUGGACUCGCCCGGCCCUCUCUCUCCUCCUGUGUUGGGCACUUCCUAUUCAGAGCCCCUCCAGCUCUCGACCACGGCCCUGCAGUCAUCAAGUCAGCUCAGUGUGGAGUAUGAGCGCUCUCCCAUCCAGAACUCUCCGUGGAAAGAGUCCAGUCUGGAUCAGCCUUACCUGAGGGCCACGAACCCUCCUCCGUCUGUUUGGAGCAGCAGGUCCAGUAGUCCAGCAGGAACCCAGAUGUCAGCAGAGAGUAUCAUUCCUCUGUCUCAGUUUAUAAAGAAAACGGCCCUGCGUCAGAACCACUCCACCAGCGCCCCCUCCACCCCCGAGCUGCACGUACGCCGGCAGGGUUCCCAAUCCUUCAGACUUCCCAAAAGUAAGCCACCUGCUGACACGGAGAACAACCGCGUGCGAGCCCGGCUCCCCCAGCGACGCUUUCUGGCUGACUUCAUGGUGCGUUCUUCAGAGUACUCUCCCUUGCGCCCUUACCAGUCCAGCUCGGAGGACAGCAGCUCGGAGCACUCGUCCUCCUCCUAUAUUAGCUCUCCUGGCGGGGAUGGACCCACUGAGAUGCCAAAGCUCUGCCCGCCGCCUUACGGAUUCCACUUUGGAGCCCAAAAGAAAGGACUGUCCAGCUUCACCAGCUCCCACAAGAACACCAACCAGCCUCAGGCCAGCCCUGGCUACGUCAGAGCGAAUGCAGAAGAUGGCCCCCUCUCCCCCCACGACCUGGACAAGGGAAAGAGUUUCCUGUCUUCUCCUCUUGUGGCACACAGUCCUCAGUGGCAGGGCGGGGCCUCGUCCACGAGUAGAAUCCCAAAGCCCCCUCCGCCUUACACCAGGCUGGUGAGAACUCCCUCGCUGAAGGAGUACCCGAACCACGCCAUCAGGCCCAGAGACAUCGUGUCGGAGGAGUUGAAGUCAUGGCAUCAGAGGAAUCAGCUGCAGAAGUUGGGAGCGAGCUGCGAGGAUCAGCAGAGCCCCCGGAGUGUCAAGAGCCUCCCUCCACCUUAUCUACCUCUUUUUGAACAGGGUUCAGGGAAUGUGGUCCUCCAGAGAGCUGCAGACGGGACUCCAGUCCAGUGGUUCAUUGCAGAAGACGCUGAAAUCGUGAGCCAGGUGUAACUCUACUAGUGAAGUGUGUUAUUCCUCUCUAUUUAUGUCUGUAUUUAUUACGGUUGUGGACUCUCUGUGAGAUCGUAUGUUGACAUGACGAACGUAGUAGACCCAUUGGGACUCCGCUGAGCACGAUUCUCUCGUCUUUUAAUUUAAAACUCGAUUUAAGAUGCCAGUUUUAUUUAUUUUAAAUUGCUUUCUAAUAGAUGCUUCUGAAAGGUAUGAAGUGAAUGAAGGUUCACAUCAAACCGAUUUAAAACACAAAUGCUGAAAUGCUUUGUGUCUGGCACACAUUUUGCACAUGAAAUUCAUCUACAGUAGUAUUUGAAAAAGUAACCCCAUUCCGAAUAUAACUUUCUAUGUUUUACUAUAUGUAUCGUUUAAUGAGAGUUUCCCCUUUGCAGCAUAAAGAUGUAUUUCAAAAAUGUUGAUACACCUUUGGAAUUGCAUUGCUCUGCUGGACAAAAUUAUAUUUAUAUAUAUAAUUUAACAGCCAUGAUGUGAAGUGAGCUGAUUCUUAACAUUUGAUAUUAACUCUUAAUAACUAAUCACGAUGCCUUAAACGGUGGUUUGAGGAAUGUUUUUUCUUCAGUGUGGUGUUUUCUUACUAACAAAGUGAUUCUAUCAGUUUUGAUAUGUUUUGUAUAUUUAUAAUAAAAAAUACAGCUGAAAGUUAA